AUGUAUAGCUUUAUCAGCCUCCUGCUGCUCCCUCUAGUUCUCGCGCACGUUGUCCAGGACAAAUUUCCCUAUCUAUGCAAUAAUACAUCUUGUGCUGAAGUGCAGAGCAACUUCACAGAUAAUAGCACAAAGUGUGAUUCCUGCCUGUGCAAUAAUAAGCUCCUCGGGCCAGCGGAGUUUAACAUAACCGACGAUAUUGAAUUUAACGCCCUCUUUAACGGAUAUGACCGGUUUGCGGGUUCUUGCCCUGACCACUUUCUCGACAAGUACGUCAACAAGACAACAAUCAAGUAUCAGUACCCCAAAGAACAAGGGUACGCAGUCUACAAUUGUAGCUCACGGGUUAACGAGAUUUUCAUCGCAAACCAAACAUAUCUCCUACCUGUGGGAUACGAAAUUGACCGGUUUGGCGAUGGUCAGAAUGGCCAGUAUCUAGCCCCUAGGGGUACUCCUUAUGCCUGGAGAUCUAUUCCACCCGAUCAUGUAUUUACCGACAGACCCAGUCUGUGGACGUGGCGGGUAUCACAGACCUUCAAUAUUUCAGGGGGCCUGAUUAAGCCGGCGUUUGGACAGCCAGGGGGUGGAUUGCAGUUUUUCUGGGAAAAUGGCACUGUCGAUCUUGAGAAGAAGGGGUGGAUUGUCUUAAUAAAGGCUGUUUAA